UACCGGAAACUUACAGAAUAAUCGACGAGGGCGAAGCUCAAGUCCAACACAACUCCUCCAGUGCUCAUUCAUUACUGCAGGGACUCAUCUUAACAUGUAGCUGACGACACAAACAUUUGUUUAUAAAAACAUCUGCUGGAGGAGUUUAGCGCCGUUAACAGCAUUGAUCCGCUUCUGAAGAACCAGAACCACAGCGUUCACGACUCACACAGACAGAAAUCUGAUGGCGUCCGUCAGUUUAUUUGGAGCUUUCAGACAGUUUUUAUGCAGAACUGUAAAGAUUAGGAGGAUACACGAGCUAGUUUGGACUCGGCGGAUCAGAAUCUCAGGCCGAGAAGCUUCAUUCCUAAUGGCUGUAACUCCUCUGUCAUAUCUGAUGUAUAAGAGAGUCACUCGUUUCCCAGCAGUCUCUGCGCUGGAUAAAGCUGAAGAAGUUUUAGAACAAGCCGACUAUCUGUACAGCUGUGGAGAUACACAAAAACUUCAUCAGCUCCUGGUGCAAUAUAAAGACAGUAACGACGCAGAGUUUCUGUGGAGGCUAGCGAGAGCGUCGCGUGAUCUGUCGUUACUGUCCAGCAUCAGCAGCGAUGAGAAGAAGCGACUCACAUACGAGGCUUUUGAAUUCGCCAAGAAAGCCCUCGAGAAAAACGAGUCUUCGUUUGCAGCACACAAAUGGUUCGCUGUUUGUCUCAGUGAUGUUGGCGAUUAUGAAGGAACCAAAGUAAAAAUAGGGAAUUCCUACAUCAUCAAAGAUCAUCUGGAGCGAGCACUUGAACUCAAUCCUAAAGACGCAACGUCCAUCCAUAUUCUCGGUUACUGGUGUUUUGCGUUUGCAGAGUUACCCUGGUAUCAGCGUAAAGUUGCUGCUGUGAUUUUUGCAUCACCCCCCACUGCCACCUAUGAAGAGGCACUGGAGUAUUUUUUAAAAGCAGAGGAAGUCGACCCAAAUUUCUACAGCAAAAACCUGCUGAUGCUUGGAAAGACUUACAUGAAGUUAGGAGACCGUGAGCGAGCUGCACUUUGGCUACAGAAAGCACACGACUAUCCUGCGCUCACAGAAGAGGAUAAAGAGGUUCACAAGGAAGCACUGGAUCUUCUGAAGAAAAUCAAAGGAUGAGUUGCAGCUACAGAAGUCCAGAUUUUUGGUCUCCUAAAUAUAUACAUUUAAAGACAAUUCAUUUGUUUGGUAUACAUUUACCAUGUAAGGACUUUAAAGUCUUUAUAUUUGAGAAAAGAAAAACUAAUUGAUUUUAAGGUAAUUUGUUCUAAAGUAUUACAGUAUAUAUGUUAAUGGAAAAGUAGAACUUGUGUAAUGGAGGCAGAAGUAUCAAUAAAAAUGAUGAUAAGCAGGCAAGCCUCAUUCAGGACACGAGUGGACAGACUCGACAUGCUUGAAAACAAACAGACCUUGAACUAGAAGAUUACUGUCAAUAAAGGUUCAACAUGUAGCAGAGUUAACAGAUCUGUAAUGAAUUAAAAGAACUAAAACCAACAACACUAUGAAACAUUCGUGAAUCUGAUAUUUAACUCUUGAUAUGUAAAACAGAUGAAUCUAAACUAACUAGAAUAAAACAUUUGUGUUA